AUGUCUGUCACACACCCAAGUCCCGAACGGCGGCCGCGAGCACUAGCCGACAUCCAGUUCAACAACAUCAUCAAUGACACAGUAACGUCAUCCGAAGACGAGGGCCCUGAGGUCCGAGCCAUUGCACCAGCCGAAGCACAAUCCCUGGUUGGAGUCAGUCUUGGACGAGCCCAAACGCGCCUGAUCUUGCCUCAGACCCCGGCAGCAGAGAAGCAAGCUGCCAUUGACGAGCAGGGUGGCUUCUUUGGUGGUCCACAGAUUCAAGACGAUGCAGACCUGGAAGACGACGAUGCUCCUACGCAAGAACAAGAACGUGUGUCUAGACCAGUGACAAGAGAUGGAGCGCUUGUGAAACAGAGGCCGACAACAGGACAAAGAGCUCCAGCGACGACAACGGGAGAGACGACGGUGCGCCUACCUUCGCCAUGGCGUGCCGGUCCCAAGAAGUUCAAGAGGACCGACGAGAGCCGCUCUGUGCUCAAGGAUGGCUUUCGUCGACGAGCUUCCUCGACCAGUCCAGGUCCGGCCUCUGGAAUGGGAGCUUCGCUCGACAACUGGCGCGACGCUUUAAAGACCAGCAUACACAACUUUACCUCGCCCUUUUCCACCGCUCAUGCUCAAGAUUCCGAUCGCAAGACCCGUCCAGCCAACAGAUCGAGACGAUCAGGCUCUCUAUUCGCGUCUUUAGCUUCGCUGUCCUCUUCCUCUACCACCCAUAUCAUUCCUACAAGACCUCGCAGAGGCAACAGCAUUGCUGGCGUACCUACAAAUCCACAACCACUUUCUCCAGGUUAUGCCCCCAACACCGUAUCGAAAGAGUCGCUGCCCGAAAACUCGUCACCCGAAACGACCCCUCCUCAUGUGUUACAGCACCCAAAGACUACGCCUGUGCAGAGGGAUCCGCCGUCAGAGGGAUCCAUCUCUACUGACGGCAAUCCUCGCUUUGCUCCAAUUCGUCCAGCCACCUCAAAGACAUCCACUGGUCAACCUGAAAAUGCCCUAAGCCCUAUGGCUAGAGUCAAUAGUGGCAGAAGUAAUCGAAGCCUGCGACGCUCUGCUUCCGAGUCAUCUUUACACACCUUCCGCACUCUCUCACGAGUACCUUCCCUUGGUGAUGACAGCCGCUUCGAACACGUUCAAGCACAGGUCAACAGCAGAAUGAAGGCCAUCAGGGAUAGCUGGCAGGAUACUAAUAUUAGACUGCCGCUGUUGCCUUCGUUUGCUUCUUUAUCCGAUCUUUCCCUUACUCGCGGGAACUCCGUCUCGAAAAGGAGUCAAACUUCGAAUCCUAGCUCUUCGACCGGUGCUCUUUCGUCAUCUGCAAACCAAAGUGCCCAUCUACCUAGAGCAUCAACAGCCCCACAAGCGAACAAGACCGCCCAACAGCAUCCUCAUUUCUCCAAAGCGCUUGAUGAUCUUACUGGUGAUGUCGUUGUACUUGGAGGUUAUCGUGGUUCUAUAUUAAGAUCCGCUGAGCCACCUCACAGACAACUUUGGGCUCCUAUCAAAGUCGGCUUGAACGUGAGAAAGGUAGAUCUGGAAGUCGGUCUCGAGGCCGAUGCUGAUGAAAGAGCUCAAGAGAAAAUCAUCCCAGGUGGUAUGCUUAGUCACAUUGGCCCUGUUGACAUAUCUAGACGCUUGUUCAAACGUAUGCGUGCCCAUGAGAAUGCCAAAAGUGGAAAGCUUCGCGUCCAUGAUUACGGCUACGAUUGGCGACUGGAACCACUGUUCUUGAGCAAACAGCUUAUCGAGUUUUUGGAGAAAUUGCCGUGCAACAAACCUGGCACUCCCAAAGAGAAGCGCGGGGCGACCGUCAUUGCGCAUUCUUUGGGUGGCCUCAUCACAAGACACGCUGUGAAUCAACGGCCUGAACUGUUUGCCGGAGUCGUAUAUGCAGGCGUGCCCAGGACUUGCGUCAACAUCCUUGGACCCUUCAGAAAUGGCGAUGAUGUGCUUCUCAGUAGCCGUGUUUUGACUGCUCAAGUCAAUUUUACCAUUCGCACGAGUUUCGCCCUCUUACCGCUGGAUGGUCGCUGUUUCUUUAACAAGGAAACCAAGGAAGAAUAUCCUGUCGACUUCUUCGACCCACAGACCUGGAUAGACUAUCGUCUCUCGCCCUGUAUAGCUCGCCCAUUGCCUUCUCUUAACGAACCUCCGCCACCAAGCGGUCUGGCUGGCGUCAUGAACAGCAUGGCAGGCGUAAUGAGUGGUAUGGUACCCAGCCGCAAGAAUAGCAUCUCUCGCGUGAGACAAGCACUUCAACACCCUGCCUCACACGCUGUCGACGGCUUGGCCAACCCACCCGAGAUGGACACUUCAGCAGCAGCCGGUAGUAGCGAGAAGGCGGAAGCAAAAGGAAAUAUCGACUACAACGGCACCGACAACAUGACACCGCAGAUGGAUCCCAGCAGCACUGCGCCCUCAAAAAACUCCACAGAUACACCAAACUCGGAUCCCAACACCUCGAUUGCAACCACCGUGACAAUCCCUCGCGACCAAGCUAUCGCAUACCUCACCCGCAUCCUCGCCUCUGUGAAGAAAUUCAAAGAGGAACUAUUCUUCCACCCUCCACACGCAGAAGCCAACAUCUACCCGCCCGCCGCAGUCAUCUACGGCAAAACCACGCCUACGGUAUACGGUGCCAAGGUUGUGAGCAGAGAAGCCAUCAAACACGCUUCUGCAUACGACAACCUUGCAUUUGCCUCUGGCGAUGGCGUUGUGCUUGCCAAAGCCGCCAUGUUGCCAGAUGGAUAUCAAGUUGCCAGAGGUGGGUUGGUGAGUUCUGAGCGCGGGCAUGUGACUCUGCUCGGAGACUUGGAAGCUGUCGGCAGAUGCUUGAGGGCCAUACAGGCCGCAAGGAGGAAAGGCGUUGGUAUGGGUGGAGAGUAG